UGAUCAGAUAACUUCAGGUCGCACAAUUAUCUACAAAUAUUUCUUUCAUGACUAAUUUUGUCAUAACAAGAAAGUCCUGAUCUUUUCAGAGUCGAAUGUUUAUUAUUUUAUUCACAUAUGUGGAGUCAGUGUCUUUCACCAGCUUUGUAUCAACGGUAAAGAGCAACUUAAAAUAUAACAUAACAAUGGAUGGAGUCCAGUCUACAAUAAAGUGUAAUUUGGAAAUUCUGCACAAAGAGUAUCAGCAGAUCAAAACAUUCCAAAAAAUGGAAAACUUAGAUGACAAAACUCACAAUGAUACUGAACUGUCAGAAGAAAUGAAAAAGUUAAUUCAACAUAUGAUUGGAACGAUCGAGAGCAUGAUGAUUCCUCAAGACCCCAUGUAUUUACGACUAUUAGCAAUGAAGACAACCCUGUUUUAUGAACAAUCAAAACUUCUCAUCAGCCUAGGAAAAGAAAUGGAAGCUCAAGAAAUAUUGAUUACUGCAUUAGAAUCCAUCAAGGAUGUGGUAUCCAAAUCAGAGCUAGUAUUUUUGGCCUUCAGAAUAAUAAAUCACUAUGCAUAUCUACUUUCGAAGCAAGGUGAAUUCGAGAAGUCCAAGGAACUCCUAGAAUAUGCAGAGUCGACCUACAAAAGUUCCAAGAAAGAGUCUGCUGUCAUUCAAUUUUAUGUCAGCGAUGAUCUAUUUUCGCCUGAUACUGUUAUAUCUUCUUCAACAGAUUCUAGCAACAAAUUAGAACGUUUGGUGACAAAUAAUUUACAGAUGCUAGGAUUUAUCUACAAUAAACAAGAAUUGCAUGACAAAUUUGCUGAAUAUCACCAUGAAGUAUUAAGAAGACAACUUGAAAUGAAGGAUGGGAACGUCACUAUGUGGGCAUUAAGAUCGGCCAGGCUUGCCUCCUACUUUCUCAGCAAAAACAGAUUCAAAGAAGCAAGACAUCAUUUAGUUGCUGCAACACAUGUACUCUAUAGCUAUGAAAAAGAGCUUGAGGCAUUGGAACCACCAGACAACAUGAUAGAAAAAUGGGACGAACUCCAGCAGAGGUUCGCAGACGUUGCUAGAUGCUGGGUCAAAUAUGGCUUAUACCUAUUCAGUGUUUCAAAGACAAACAUUAUUUCUUCAAUUUGUGGGGAGCCCAACCAAAUGUUGGAAAAACUCUGGACUUCUCCAUUUAAAACGGCUGAUUUAUAUAAGCCAACAACAUCCAAAGAAACGCCUAUUUAUGAUGAUAAUGUGGAUGAAAAGACAGGGCUUCCCGCUAGAGGCUUCGGCGACAUAGUCGACAGGAACUCUCAACCACCCUGUGAUGUAACAGAUUCCAUACCAAAAGCUUUACCAAGUUUGUUACAGGGUUCACAAUCGCAUAAAACAGAAACAAGGAACAUUGAUAACGUUGAAAAAAAUGAAGGAGUACUCCUAAUUUUUCCAUCUUUGGAUCUUACGGAGUGGGAAGAGCAAGUAACAGCUUCAUUUAUUGAAACCACGGUACAAGCAAGAGAGCUAUUUCAGUACACACAUUCCUGGUUAAAAAGAGCGAAAGUCUUCUAUACUUUACAAGACCAUCCUAUGCAGUAUAUUAAUGCAAUAUUAGACCUCAGCGAACUUCACAGAUUUCUUGCAUUUUACGAAGAAGAUAUUGAAAGUCAGUACGCUGUACAGAAAUUACGAGCUGAUGCCCUGGAAACUCUAAGUACGAUUCUGAAAGAAGUGCGACCGCAAUGCUAUAUGGCUGUAUCUGUUGAACUUCUGCGAGAGUUGGCUGAAGUGCAAUUGGAAAUGAUGGGUCUCAAUUUGAGACGCAUUUAUAUCGCUCAAGAGGUUGUACCUGAAACGAGUGAUGUGACACUUCAUAAAAUGGAAGCUUUGGCUGACAUUCAUUCCAAAUUAGAGCACUUCAACAAUAAUAUGUGGCAUAACAUGGAUCCCAUAGACUCUGGUUCAAUACCUGUGUCUGACAUCGCUGGAGAUGUUUGUAAUUAUGUCAAUUCAUAAUUUCGAAUACUGCAAUAAUUUGAAUAAAAUUCGUCCGGAUAUAUUGA